AUGGAAGUUCAACAAAAGGAACAAGAGGUAUUUAUUUGCCAAACAAAAUAUGCCAAAGAAAUUCUGAAGAAAUUCAGAAUGGAUGAAUGCAAGUUUGCUACAACUGCUAUGGGUAAAAAUGAAAAGGUGGACAAGGAAGAUGUAGUUGAGAAGGUUGAUGAAACUCUCUACAGAAGUCUAGUGAGUUGUUUGAUAUAUUUAACAACCACAAGACCUGAUAUCUUAUACUAUGUAAGUAUGCUAUCUAGAUUCACAAAUUGUGCCACUAAAACUCAUUUUAUUGCUGCUAAAAGAGUUUCAAGGCAUGUGAGAGGAACACUAGAUUAUGGGAUUAAGUUCAGUGCUAGUCAAGAUUGUGUUCUGCUAGGCUAUUCUGAUAGUGAUCAUGGUGGUUCUGAUGAUAUGAAAAAUACUUCAUGUUAUUGUUUUAAUCUGGAAUCAGGGAUGUUCUCUUGGUAUUGUAAAAAACAAGAGGUGGUCGCUAAUCAUCUGUAG